GUGCUCUUUCUAGAACCCCAGUGGGCACGGGGGUCUUCCUGACCAGGGGCUGGCGACCUGCUAGAGAAGGCUUGCAGACAGUAACCAGGAAAACCAGAGAACAAGUCUUGGUGAGAGUCACGGAAGAAGAAAAGGGUCAGCAUGGAGAAGAGGGAAGAGGCGGCACCAAAUGCCAUCUGCCUGGACCAGGUUGCCCUCUGGGCACUCAGGCUAGGGGCACAUCCAGCUCAUCCUGUCCUCAAGCCCGGAGGCUCCUUGGUGGCUGUCAGCGAGAUCCCUGCACUCCAGGGCUGUUGCCUAGCCCCUAUCCUGUCCAUCUCAGAGCAGAUUCCCAGCAGGAAGAACAGCCUCGCUGCGCCCCCGCCCGCAGUGUCCAGUAAGAUAAAAGUGCCGCUGGCCCAGCCCAUCUUGAAGAAGGAGAAGCGGCAGAACUCCUCCCGGUUCAGCAUCAGCAAUAACAGAGAGCUCCAGAAGCUGCCGUCCUUGAAAGAUGUUCCUCCUGCAGAUCAAGAGAAGCUUUUCAUCCAGAAGCUGCGUCAGUGUUGCGUCCUCUUCGACUUUGUUUCCGAUCCGCUGAGCGACCUGAAGUGGAAGGAGGUGAAGCGUGCGGCCCUGAGUGAGAUGGUGGAGUACAUCACCCACAGCCGCAGUGUGGUCACGGAGCCCGUCUACCCGGAGGUGGUGCACAUGUUUGCAGUUAACAUGUUUCGAACGUUACCACCUUCCUCCAAUCCUACGGGAGCAGAAUUUGACCCAGAGGAAGAUGAGCCGACGUUAGAAGCAGCCUGGCCUCACCUGCAGCUUGUUUAUGAAUUUUUCUUAAGAUUUUUAGAGUCUCCAGAUUUCCAACCUAAUAUAGCGAAGAAAUAUAUUGAUCAGAAGUUUGUAUUGCAGCUUUUAGAGCUCUUUGACAGUGAAGAUCCUCGAGAGAGAGAUUUUCUUAAAACCACCCUUCACAGAAUCUAUGGAAAAUUCUUAGGCUUAAGAGCUUACAUCAGAAAACAGAUAAAUAAUAUAUUUUAUAGGUUUAUUUAUGAAACAGAGCAUCACAACGGCAUAGCAGAGCUGCUGGAGAUACUGGGAAGCAUAAUCAAUGGAUUUGCCUUACCACUCAAAGAAGAACACAAGAUUUUUUUAUUGAAGGUGUUGCUGCCUUUGCACAAAGUGAAGUCUCUGAGUGUCUACCAUCCCCAGCUGGCGUACUGCGUGGUGCAGUUCCUCGAGAAGGACAGCACUCUCACGGAGCCGGUGGUGAUGGCCCUCCUCAAAUACUGGCCAAAGACCCACAGUCCAAAAGAAGUGAUGUUCUUGAAUGAACUGGAGGAGAUCCUGGACGUCAUCGAGCCGUCAGAGUUCGUGAAGAUCAUGGAGCCGCUCUUCCGGCAGCUGGCGAAAUGUGUCUCCAGCCCGCACUUCCAGGUGGCUGAGCGGGCGCUGUACUACUGGAACAACGAGUACAUCAUGAGCCUGAUCAGCGACAACGCGGCCAAGAUCCUACCCAUCAUGUUCCCGUCCCUGUACCGCAAUUCCAAGACCCACUGGAACAAGACGAUACACGGCUUGAUCUACAACGCACUGAAGCUCUUCAUGGAAAUGAACCAGAAGCUCUUUGACGAUUGCACCCAGCAGUUCAAAGCAGAGAAACUGAAAGAGAAGCUAAAAAUGAAAGAACGAGAAGAAGCAUGGGUUAAAAUAGAAAAUCUAGCCAAAGCAAACCCCCAGUACACAGUGUAUAGUCAAGCCAACAGCGUGAGCGUCCCGGUGGCAAUGGAGACAGAUGGGCCUUUUUUGGAAGAUGUGCAGAUGCUGAGAAAGACAGUGAACGAAGAGGCUCACCAGGUAAAGGCCCAGAAAGACCCGAAGAAGGAGCGCCCUCUCCUGCGCCGCAAGUCCGAGCUGCCUCAGGACCUCCACACCAAGAGCGCCUUGGAGGCCCACUGCCGAGCUGGCGAGCUGCUGCCCCAGGAUGGGCGCUAGCCCCUCGGCGCCGGGGCCCACCCGGGUUCUGUAGAAAACACCCACUUUCUGUGCCAUACGAAUCAGUUCCACUCAAAGUCAAAUGCUUUCCGCACCCCAUUCCGUAGGCAAUAAGGCACUGCGCUCAGCUGAGAUUAGGAGUUCAAACAAUGGUGACUUCCUGGAGGCCCCAGAGCCGGCAGGCCGGGGCCCAGCCCAGGCCCCACCCCUGCCCCAUGUCAGCGCUAAGGAAAGCACCCUGCUGCCCGCCCCCAUCCCCCACGCAGGCAGCCUGUGACGGGCGCUCUUCAGAUCAGAGGGGCCCUGUCCAAAGUCUUGCCUGUUUUUUUAAGACUUGACAACCUUGGCGAUGGUUUUCUCCUGCUUGUUUUGCCAACACUUCUUUUCGUCUCACUGACGUGGUUCAUUGCUUUCAGAGGCCCUGACCAACUUCCAGGGAAAGCGCCUAGAGGCCCGGCCUCCCCAGGCCUGACUGUGGCCACACUUCUCUCCCCCUAGCGAAAGCCAUACUGGAGUCCGGCAGGCACCGGCCGCUGAGAAGCCCCAGAGCGGUUUCCCGUCAAAGGCGCUCCCUGUCUUACCUCGACUGGAAUGAAAUCUUAAAAUUAUGUGUUCGCUUUUCUGUUUGCAGGAUUUCCUUGACUUACACACCGCUGUCCUUUCACAGGCUCCUGAGUUAAUAAGCGAGAGUCCCUGAGAAUUCCACAUUUGGAAGAAAGUGAGGAGAUCCUUUGGGGGAAAGCCAGGGCUCGGCCUGGCGCAGGCCCCCCAUGUGGUGUAGCCCAACCCCUCGCCACCGCCUGCAGGCCCAGGGCCCAGAGGAACCGUGGCUGAGCCCUGCCCUCCUGCCGAGCAGACACAUGUAGAGCGCUCCAGUGGGGCUGGAACGGCCCUGCUCCUGGGGGCCCUGCAUGCAGACCCACACGCUCUGAGCUCUGGCUCUGACAGAGAAACCCUCCCCUCAGCGCUUUGCCUGACCUUUGUCUCGCGGUGGCCAGUGCUCUGCUGCUCCGUCCCGCCUGAGAGCUGCCGCGGUGUGCGCGCCUGCCAGCCGCUCGGUUUCCGCUUUCUGUGGCGUGCGAUCCUGAGCCCACGGCCAACGGUCCUCGCACGGAGAAGGUAAAGUGUGGCUUCUCGGGGUCUGUUUUUCCUCGAGGUGUCGGGGCCACGUUCCCACCGAGAAAAGCAGAUGUCCCCGCAGCUGGUCCCCUGCUGCCCGCGGUGUCCAUGUGGACCCUGGGCUGCAUGGGUGUUGCCAUGCGUCUUGGAGGAAACUCAGGGGAGGGGAUGCCUGCGUGCAGAGUGAGUUCUAGGUUAAAAGGUUGCCCUUGGUGAACAGAAACACUUCCUGAGAAACUUGACAAGUGUCUACCCAUUUUAUGAAAUUUAUCAUUUAAAAAAUGUUCAGAUGCCUUCUCCUUUUGAGGGAAAAAGGGUGCUUUUUACUGUAUAAAGCAGCGUCUCAUGUAUUUUGAUAUACCAUUGUUUGAACUUCCAUCUUCAGCUGACAGUCUCAGAUAUCCUGGAUUUGGGGUGUUUGGUGUGUCUGAGAGAGUUUUCUGGGAAGACCCUCUUGUGCCCUAAGGGAAAAGCAGAAUAUCCAUGUGUGGGUGACUGUGUAAAGCUCCACGUCCAAGAACAUCUUUUUUGUCUAGGUUUUAUUUCCGCUUUUUAUGGAAGACAAACAUUCACCAAAAAGGAGGGGAAAAAAGUUGGGAGAGAAACUCAUUUUUCAUUGAUGAGAGUAUCAUUUCAUAUUUUGGCUAUUCAAGUUUUCCUGGUUAAAACUCGGAUUCCCUGUGCUAAUUGUUCCACUUAUACAUUGCUGUAUAGAUACACUGAUUAUCUGUAUCCAGCUAAGCUCAGAAGUACGACGUUGAAAAUAAACUGGUGACUGUUUUUCUUCAUACGGUUCUGCGUUUGGCAUUUUCACUCUCCCCACAAUGCAUCUGUACACCAGAAAUGUCACUAUUCCCACUGUCUUUUUAGUGUGGCUUUAGUAUGGCUUCUUUUAAUAUUGUACAUACAUUGUAUCUUUGUUUUAUGGUAAUAAGUAAUAAAAAUGUAGACUUCAUAUUUUGUACAAAAUGUCCUAUGUACAGAAAAAAAUUCAUAGAAACAGCAAAAAUAGGUAAGUGGCACAAUUAUUUUUCUUUAGAAGAUAUCUGUAACUUUAUGCUUCAGUGAAAUGUUAAGUACCUACAUAUUUUUUAACAUUUUGUAAUUCAGAACUUUUUGUUUUGACAUUGUUUAUGAAGAGAAACUUCACACACUUGCCAUUUAAUAUGCUCUUUUAUCUAAUUUUAAAGAAACUCUAAAAAUGGUGUAUUAUAUGGACUAAAUAAAGAACAUGUGAAUUUUAUUGCUCAUCAUGAAACU